AUGUCCAAAGAACCGCAUUGGUCAUCUCUACGACGCAGAAGGGCCUCAAUCGAUCGGCCAUCUCCAUCCGCACGUCCACGGAACGUUUCUCACAUCCGCCAUGAGUUCAACCGCAGACUCACACUCGGGGAUAUGGGCGAAUGGCUGAGAGAAAGACAGGAGCCUGCCAAGAGCUUCACAUUAGGGGACAUAGGGGAUUGGUUCAAGAACAAACUCCCAAGUCAUCGUCCAGAAAGAGGAGGAACGUUGAGAGAUACAGAAGACCAGGACAUGAGGGAAACGAGUGGUAUCAAAUCGGCCUCUCCUGCGCAUAAAGACGGUAGUGGCCCAUCUGCAGAUUGGCCCUUGUCAGAGCAAACCCCAGUUACCAAUCGCCGAACUGGUCAACAGAGCGGAACAGGAGGUUCAGAUCGCCUAGUGGAUUGGAACACGCCGAAGAAUCUAAGUGAGUUGUUGCCGGAGCGUAGUCUUUCAUCAAAAGGGAAAGCAACUACAGGCCAGAGACCAUCCACCCACCGAAGAUGGAACAACUUCAGUUCUCCGAGACUACGCAACAAGCUCAAUCAGAAGGCCGCAAGCGAUGGAGCAGUAUCGAUGAAAGACAGACGAGGGCAAGUGCAAAGUGACGCUUCUGGGGCACAGCCUUUCGUCCCGGCCAUGCAAAUGAUGCCUGGCAUACUCGAGGUUCUUGAGGCUAAGAAGAAAGCGAGAAAAAAGGCACGGAACGACCGAGAAAGCUUGAUAGAAAGUGGAGAUUACCUGGGAGUUCAAGGUAUCAACCCACAGACUGGUGUUUUAGAUCUUACAUCGGACAGUGGUGACAGUGCUCAGAGCGUCAGGACAGAACAAAGGCUAUCAGAACUCGAGACUCAGGCCAAAAAUGCGACCUCGGCUGUGAAAAGAAAAGAAGCCGAAGCUCAAAUUGUCAAAAUUCAUUUUGACCACGACAUUGCGAAGUUGCGGCGUCGGGAGGAAACAGAGAAACAUCUUGCUAAAUGGCGAAGGGAUACACAUAAAUGGUCAUCAGUACAGGAGCCCGACCUGAGUCCUAUUGCGCAGUCAAACAAAAGCAUCUCAGCGCUAUCAAGGCGCAAGUCGCGCCGCGAUUACAGCAUGCCGAAACACGAAGGUCUUAUAGAUCCAAGCCUUUCUGAGGAUCAGCCAAGUCAAGACCAGCGUCCUGACACAACACUCUCGAGUAAUUUGAGAUCCAGAAGAAGCACCAACUCAUCUGACACGGUAGUCAAGACACCUCAUCGUCACAGUCUUGCGGCUCUAUCUCCUGUAGCCUUGGACCUUUUUGAAGACGCCACGAGUUUCCAUAGCGCGGACGAGCUCGGGCUGGACGAAGACCUGUUCACAGAGCAUGAUGUUAUGCCCGCGACAAUUAAUGCGCAGGCAGCGGAUCUGACAUCGGAGAUGACUGAUGCGCGAGAAGUGAAAGAAAGUCAUACCGGCAACAAGAAAGCAACUCGGGAAUCUUUUUUAGACAAAUGCCCAAAGAAGCAAACAAAGCCAGGACGAACAAAAACACUUGGGACAACGGCCUGCUCCCAAACAUUACCAGAUCUCUCGACGAUAAAUCUUUCAGCAGUCAGCCGCGGCACCAACUUGACAUUGGUGAAGAACGCAUACGAGACACCAAGCUCCCGAGAGAGCAAUCCGCGAAAAAGCUCCAUGCAAGAUUUGACGACAAACCACAAGAAAUUCACUAUUCAGCCGACAGCACCGAAGCAAAUCGUGCCAGAAUUCCUCGAAAACCACUGCCGACAAGCAGCAGACCCGACAGACCUUCACAAAACUCCAACAGGACGCGCGUAG